AACCAAAUCCCCUGCUCCUGCAAAGCUCUGAAGCGCCUAGAGUGGGCUGAACUUGUGGUUUUCCUGUCCCGGCCUUCCAGAGUGUUAGGAUCACAGUUUGAAUUCUUGGGACCUCCUUAGCUGAGUGAGAGCACAUCUCCCAGUUGGCGACAGACGUGAUGUUUUACCGGUUCCUGUCAAUUAUCCAAAGACAAAGAACCAGCCCAAGAUGGCAGACUUGGUGUUUGUCAAGAAGCAGUGUGUCGGCUGCCGAAGCUCAUUCUGUCACCCUGCCUGCCCAGGCCCAGGUGGUCAUCUGUGGGGGUGGAAUCAUGGGCACAUCUGUGGCCUAUCACCUCUCCAGGAUGGGGUGGAAGGACAUCAUCCUUUUGGAGCAGGGCAGGCUAGCUGCUGGCUCUACCAGGUUUUGUGCUGGCAUCCUGAGCACUGCCAGGCACUUGACCAUUGAGCAGAAGAUGGCAGACUAUUCAAACAAACUCUACCAACAACUAGAACAAGAAACAGGGAUCCAAACAGGUUACAUAAGGACAGGCUCAGUCUUUCUGGCCCAAACACAGGACCGGCUGAUCUCCCUGAAGCGCAUCAACUCAAGACUGAAUGUUAUAGGCAUCCCUUCUGAGAUCAUCUCCCCCAAGAAAGUGGCUGAACUGCACCCUUUCCUCAAUGUGCACAACCUGGUGGGGGCCAUGCACGUUCCUGAGGAUGCGGUGGUAUCCUCCGCCGAUGUGGCCCUGGCCCUGGCAAGUGCCGCCUCACAGAAUGGUGUUCAGAUUUAUGACCGAACAAGUGUUCUUCAUGUAAUGGUCAAAAAAGGUCAAGUUACUGGUGUGGAGACAGAUAAAGGCCAGAUUGAGUGCCAGUAUUUUGUCAACUGUGCUGGUCAGUGGGCAUACGAGCUGGGUCUGUCCAACGAGGAGCCGGUUAGUAUCCCGUUACAUGCCUGCGAACACUUCUACCUUCUGACUCGCCCCUUGGAGACCCCUCUGCAGAACAACACACCAACUAUCGUGGACCCUGAUGGAAGAAUUUAUAUUCGGAACUGGCAGGGUGGCAUCUUGUCUGGGGGCUUUGAGAAGAACCCGAAACCUAUUUUUACUGAGGGCAAGAACCAGCUGGAAAUUCAGAAUCUACAGGAAGACUGGGAUCAUUUUGAGCCCCUAUUGAGUUCCCUCCUGCGUCGGAUGCCAGAACUAGAGACUUUGGAGAUCAUGAAGCUGGUGAACUGCCCUGAGACCUUUACACCGGACAUGAGGUGCAUCAUGGGCGAGUCCCCUGUGAUCCGUGGCUACUUUGUCUUGGCGGGGAUGAACUCCGCUGGCCUGUCCUUUGGUGGAGGGGCUGGGAAGUACCUUGCUGAAUGGAUAGUACAUGGUUAUCCCUCAGAAAACGUCUGGGAGUUGGACUUGAAACGCUUUGGAGCCCUCCAGAGCAGCCGUACCUUUCUGCGCCACCGGGUCAUGGAAGUCAUGCCUUUGAUAUACGACCUGAAAGUUCCCCGUUGGGACUUCCAGACUGGUAGGCAGCUGCGCACUUCUCCUCUGUAUGACCGGCUGGAUGCUCAAGGGGCCAGAUGGAUGGAGAAACAUGGAUUUGAGAGGCCAAAGUACUUUGUUCCACCUGAUAAGGACCUCCUUGCGUUGGAGCAGAGCAAGACUUUCUACAAGCCGGACUGGUUUGACAUUGUGGAGUCUGAAGUGAAGUGCUGUAAGGAGGCAGUGUGUGUUAUUGACAUGUCCUCCUUCACAAAGUUCGAGAUAACAUCCAUCGGGGACCAGGCCUUAGAAGUUCUGCAAUUUCUCUUCUCCAACGACCUGGACGUGCCUGUGGGCCACAUCGUGCACACAGGCAUGCUCAACGAGGCUGGGGGCUACGAGAACGACUGCAGCAUCGCACGUCUGAGCAAGCGCAGUUUCUUCAUGAUCUCUCCGACUGACCAGCAGGUCCACUGCUGGGCCUGGCUCAGGAAGCACAUGCCUGAGGACAGCAGCCUGGUGCUGGAGGAUGUCACCUGGAAGUACACAGCCCUCAACCUGAUUGGCCCACGAGCUGUGGAUGUGCUGUCUGAACUGUCCUAUGCCCCUAUGACACCAGACCACUUCCCAACUCUGUUUUGCAAGGAGAUGAGCGUGGGCUAUGCAAACGGGAUCCGGGUGAUGAGCAUGACCCACACCGGAGAGCCGGGCUUCAUGCUGUACAUCCCCAUCGAGUACGCUCUGCAUGUGUACAACGAAGUGAUGAAUGUCGGGCAGAAGUACGGGAUCCGGAAUGCCGGGUAUUAUGCCCUUCGCAGCCUCCGAAUUGAGAAGUUUUUCGCCUUUUGGGGCCAGGAUUUAAACACACUCACCACCCCAAUGGAAUGUGGACGAGAGUCUCGGGUGAAGCUGGAGAAGGGCAUGGACUUCAUGGGCCACGACGCCCUGCUGCAGCAGAAGCAGAACGGGGUGUACAAGCGCUUCACCAUGUUCAUCCUGGAGGACCACGACACGGACCUGGACCUCUGGCCAUGGUGGGGGGAGCCUAUUUACAGGAACGGCCAGUACGUUGGCCAGACCACCAGCAGUGCCUACAGCUACACCCUGGAGCGCCACGUGUGCCUGGGCUUCGUGCACAACUUUUCCAAGGACACCGGGGAGGAGCAGGUGGUCACAGCAGAUUUUGUCAACCGGGGAGAGUAUGAAAUCGACAUCGCAGGCUGCCGGUUCCAGGCCAAGGCCAAACUCUACCCUGUCACCUCCCUCUUUACACACAAGCGCCGAAAGGAUGACGUGGAGCUAAGUGACUUGCAUGGGAAGUAACACCAGAGCAGUGUCACCUCCUCCCCAUCGUCUAAGCUGAGGCGCAUCCCUUUGCCCUGACCUCCUUCCUCUUCACCGAACCUUUCUUUGUCUCGCCUUAUGUUUGAACUUGACCUGCUUUUAAACUUUUGCAGCCUUGGUCUUCCCAUCCACCCCCUGCUUAGAUUCCCCUGGUGGCAGGAAGUGUACCCGACAGGGAGGACAGAGGCAAGCUUCCCUAUGGAACGGUGUUGGGGUCACAUUCUGUAUCUCCAAGCAAUGCCUGCAGUGUUUACCAGGCCUCAGGGAAAAGUCCAUCUCCCUGGGCUUCGGGUCAUCAGAGAAGCCUGUGAGUGAGACACGUCCCUGGCAUAGCUCGUGCCUUUGAGCCACGCAGGUCAUUGUCCCAUCCCAUCACACUGUGGUUUGGCACCUGAUAUCUCUAACAAGAGGAUGAUCAUCUACCUCACUGACAAGAGACAGCAUACGGAUGCUGUCUGGUCCAUAGGAGAGACAAGUGGGUAACUUGGCACCACCCUCAUCUACCCUCCGGAGCCAGUUUUUGUACCUUCAGGUCAGGGCAGCCUGCCCGAAACUGUCUUCAUCUCUUGCUCAUCCGUGUAAUUGAGGUGUUGUUUUUGUUUGUUUGUUUCCUAGCUGAAUAAGCAAGUAUGCCAUGUUGCUUUUCCCAGCACAAGGUUCUUACUACAAAAAGUAUGUCACUACCAAUGCUGUUUUCUCUGCUGUGAAAAGUGCUGCUUCCCUUUCUGCUGUUCAAAGGUCAGUCGUCCCCUCUUGAUUUUCCUCCUUACGUGACUCUUAGCCUCCCUUGUGCCCUGGGCUCAGCUCAGUGUAUAGAGCUGCUCCUUUAGAGCUGGGAGGGGACAGUCAGGCUGGCCAGAGUGAGUAACGAAACCUUGUUCAUGCUGAGUGCACAGGGAAACCUGAAACUUUACACCCCUGGCUUGGAAGAAACAAAGCUACAGAGAGAUGAGUCCAUGCAGAAUUCUUGAACACAGUUGGUGUGAACUGGGUGAGGCUAAAGGGCAGCUUUCCUUUUUUCGUCUAGGCUUGCUUUCUCCUCCAGACUGAGCUAUCCAGCCCCAACACUUCAUUUUUCCCUUGUAUAUAAACUGCCCUAAUCUGUUGGGUUUUUUUAAUUAGUGUAAAGAAAACUACUAGAAAUUUUAGUGCAGCAGUAGUCUUCAUUGUCUUGGUAUCUUGGAAGCAUUAGUUCUGUUAAACCUGUAGUUAUAUUAAAGAUCGUUUCAUGAGAGCAGCUUAACAUUCUCAGGUGUUGGCCUUAACCAGCAUUGCUGUGGAAUCUGUUACCCACUUGGCAGACUGGCUCCUCCCGGACAUCUUGGUUUCCCUAGCUGCCCCCUCCUCCUGCAUGAUGUCAUGUCCACCUAUGUGUGGAGGGAAGUGUGUGCCUAGAACUCUGGGGGCCCAUUUCACUUUCUGAGAGCUGCUGCUUCUAGGCAACCAGAGAGCUGAGCAAGACAGUGGCCACAGGCACGACCUAGGAGAGAGGGACAGCCCUUGGCCACCUACAGGCAGGAAGCCGGCUCAGACGGAAGUGGAAGUUAUUCAUGUGCUUUUACAUUGGCACCACUCCAAUCUUUGUAGAGCAAAGUUUAUUUGGAAAUCCAACAAAUUCUUGAUUUAUGCACAGAUAUUACAACUGUGGCACUAAAUUUGUGCUUUAAGUGUUACAUAGAAGUCUCACUACUUAAGUUCUAAUUUGAAAAAGUAAAAGCAACCUCAAUGUAUUAUGCACAUAGACUUUAGGGGUUGUAUCAGUUUUACACUUGUUAAUCUCUAGCAAAUCACUCUUCUGUUAAUUAACUGUGCUAAGUAGGAGGGACGUCUGAAGAUG